AAACACUCAGAAGAUAUACCACUUAAGCUACAUUUCACAGGUAUUAGAACACCCAACAAACAGCGGAAACUCUUCUAACACUUUUUUAUAGGGGAAGCGUUGUACCAGUGACAUUGCAAGGUGUUAAAAUGUUGAACCAGAGACGUCUUGAAGCCACAUACAUCAAAAGCAAUUUGAAGACAAGAUGCUUCUCAUCUCUGUGACUCUCUGCUGCCUUGUGUCCCUGGCUGCACCAACCUGCCUGAGCGAAUCUGCUCCAGGUGGUAUAAACCAACAUCCAAGGCACAUCCUUAUUCAGCCUGGGGGGACAGCCAGCAUUAGCUGCAUUGCUACAGAAAAUGUAAAAGGAGUAAACCUACGAAAUCGGUUCACUAAAAUGUUGUUUGUCAAUUCAAAAAGUAAAGCUUUCGUUUACAAUAACAACACACGUGUAAAUUUAUAUGGGAACGUGAACAAUUUCACUGUAACCAUAAAAAAUGUCACAGAAGAGGACACGGGUUUUUACCUGUGUGAUGGUAUCGGGCCUGACAACAAAGACCUCUGCGGAAAAUGGACUGUGCUGAGUGUGGCGGUUACUGCCCCGUGUAAUAAUUCCAGUAGCGCAUCAGAUUCCAACAAAGGGGAAAAUCUUCAUGUGAUCUUGCCGGUUGUCAUUUUAAUGUACCUACCCGUUCUGAUAUUUGCAGUAUACAAGAUUUAUAAGAGGUCACAGAUGAAAAAUCGCAGACAGCCACUCAAUAGUGUAUAUGAAGACAUGACAAAGACCCUACGCAGGAACACAAUGAGCAGCGCCAAUGGGAAUUAAACGUGACCCUGACAUCGUUUGCCUUCCUCUCACUGAGUGAGGGACAUCAGCUAUGGCCGAUGCUAAUUUCUCAACACUGUGAUUAGUUCACUUUGCAAGCGUGAGCUCUUAUGGAUAUUGUUUUUUUACGUAGCAAAUUCAUAUUCAGUUAUAAGCUCCAUUAACUGAGCAGCAACUUGCAAUCUGCACUUGGCCUGAUGGCCUCAGGCAGCAGAUGACCCACAAAGUAUAUAUAUAUAUAUAUAUAGCAAAAAAAGGGAAAGUUGUGCUCAACCACUAAAUUUUAA